AGGCGGGGGACCCCCUCCUUCCGGAUAUCGCUGGAAUAAAUGCCUUGAGGCUCCGGCGAGAAGGCACCCACAGCAGGUGUCGUGUUCUCGUGGAUCCGUCGCUCUUCAGUGCUGAAACUCGAGUUACCAGAGAGGCGUCAUGGUCUUUUGGAAAUUCUCACCCUUCCUAGCUGUCAGCAUCUUGGUCCUAUGCCAGGCAGUCAGCCUCCCAGCAGCACCAUUCAGGUCUGCCUUGGAGAGCAUUCCAGACCUGACCGCACUGGGCGAGGAGGAAGCACGCCUCCUGCUGGCUGCACUGGUGAAGGACUAUGUGCAAAUGAAGGCCAGUGACCUGGAACAGGAGACAGGGGGCUCCAGUGCCACUGCCCAGAAGAGAGCCUGCAACACUGCCACCUGCGCGAGCCAGAGGCUGGCAGGCUUGCUGAGCAGGUCAGGGGGUGUGGUAAAGGACAACUUCGUGCCCACCAAUGUGGGUGCCCAAGCCUUUGGCCGGCGCCGUAGAGACCUUCAGGCCUGAGCAGCUAGAGGGCCCAGGAAGAAGGUAACCAUGAAGCUGAACUCACCACUUCUAUUAAUUUCUGUUGACAACAACUGGGUGGGAAGGCCCCAUGGAAGAUACACACGUUUGCAUCUAGAAGCACCAUUUGUCACUUGAAAGGAAUGAAACUGAAUGCA